GUGCGGAUGGCUCUGCGCAAUGCGGAGAAGGAGUUGGAGUCGCACAGCAAUUGGUCGGCCCCGGAGUCCCUCCAGAAGUGGCUGCAGCUGACGCACGAGGUGGAGAUCCAAUACUACAACAUCAAGAAGCAGAGUGCCGAGAAGCAGCUGUUGCUGGCCAAAGAAGGGGCAGAGAAGAUAAAGAAGAAGAGGAACACUUUGUUCGGGACGUUUCACGUGGCUCACAGCUCCUCCCUGGAUGACGUGGACCACAAAAUCCUUUCAGCAAAGCAAGCGCUCAGUGAGGUGACCGCGGCGCUCCGCGAACGUCUUCAUCGCUGGCAGCAGAUCGAGACUCUCUGCGGCUUCCAGAUCGUCAACAACCCCGGAAUCCACCACCUGAUGGCAUCACUGAACCUCGACCCCAGUCUGAUGGGCGGAGCCCGGCCCAGCCCCGCCCACUUUAUUAUGACCGAUGACCUGGACGACCUUGACGAGGAGAUUGUGUCCCCCAUCAGCAUGCAGUCGCCCAGCAUGGCCAGCCUGCGGCAGCGGCACGUGGACUCGGGGCAUUCCACGCUGGGAUCUCAGAGGUUGGUAGAAGGUUACGUAGUGGGCGAAGCCGCCGCUCCACCGGCCGUCCAUUACCGGCCCAGCAAGGUCUCCCUCCACCGAAUGCGCAGCCUCUCUCACGGACAGUCCUUCGAUCUCCACCCCUCCUCCGCUUCCAACGCUUCUCCCGUUUCCUGUCCCCCUUUCUCCCCUCCCCCAACAGCCGGCUCACAUCCUGUGUACUAUCACCACUCCACCACCUACUACAUGCAGAUGGACUCUCUUCCCGACCUCCCCCCUCCAGAUGUCGGGAUUCUCCCUCCUUCCCCCAGUGUCGGGGACUUGAGUCACUCGGACUCGGAUUCUUCUUUGCCAUACAUGAGCGAGCUGCGGCACAGCAAAUCCUCCAGCGGGAAGCUGACCCAGAAGGCCCUGGAGGAGCUGCCAACCAGCAGCCAUACAUCCAAUGGCGGCAAUCGCUGCCAGGAGCUCGCCAGCCUGGGCACCACCCAGCAGAGACUGUCGGAGAGCCCCCAGCUGGAGAAGAAGCUGAUGGAGAAAUCGUCCAGCUUGGGUGAGAUCAGUCUCAUCGGAACCGUCCAGUCCCACUCCGACUCGUCAAGGUCCCACAGCCCCAGCUCCACCGAGGCCGAAACGCCCUCCCCCGGCACCGAAGCCAAACACAACAAGAGCACGCGCAUCCCUCAGCUGGCGGGUAAGAAGAACCUAACGGAAGACGACAGCGGCUCCACCGGAGAAGAGAACGACCCGAGCUCCGGCAAGAAGAAGCUGUCCCUCAACAUCUUCAAGAAGCCAAAGAAAUAAAAGGGGGCGCUUUGUCCUUGAAGAGCAAAGGAACACAACAGGGUGGAGGGAGGUUUACACUUGGCAGUGUCGCCCUCUCGGCUCGAAGAUGGGAGAGGAAGCUAUGGGAUGGAAGCCGGGACCUUAUUGUCCUCCCCCCUUGCCCUACUAGAACCUCGCACAAUCAGUAAACAGACGGGGGUUCAGGCUGUUUAUCCUCGGCUUUGUUUCGGGGGUCCUUCCUGACCAUAAUUCCCCUUCCCCCGCUUCGCCCUCAGUAAAUCCUUGCUUCGCUAUGCAUGGCUUUCGGGAAGUCUUUUCUUCCUUCGCCAAAAAAAUAUAAAAAUAAAAAAAAUAAAGAGAAAACCCAAUAAGAGGGCAUUGAUAGAUUUGUACUCGGGGCGCGGGUCAUGGAGUUUUAUUUUGUGGGGGAGGGGCCUUCUUUUUUUAUCUGUUUUUCUUCUGUAUUCUUUGCUUUGGAUGGGCAUGCCUAUAAAACAAGAAAAGAAUAAAAACAAUAAAAUACUAUUUAUUAAAAA